AUGGGCCCCUCUGUCCACUUGGACCCUCGCUGCUCCCUGCAGAAGGCGACAAGGAUCCAGCCCCUCCGGGGCUGCUCACAGGAGUCUCCUUCUCCGGAAGGGCCGGCUGAGAAGCUGGGCAGGUCCCCAUUCCAUGGCGGAGAGUCGGGCGCGUGGACAGCAGGCCCACCCACCCCGGGACUGCAGACCCUGAGACGUGUCCUAGCGGCAGAGCCGGACUGUGCCAUCCGCAGCGGCCUCGGCCUCGAUCUCCGCCCGGCUGUCUGUCCGGAAGGCGCGCGCCCGCAGGCGGUACAGGUGAACGACUCCAUGCUGGGCUUCAUCGGCGCCGACGUGGUCCUGCACUGCAGCUUCGCCAACCCGCUGCCCGGCGUGAAGAUCACGCAGGUCACCUGGCAGAAGUCCUCCAACGGCUCCAAGCAGAACAUGGCCAUCUACAACCCAGCCAUGGGCGUCUCGGUGCUGCCGCCCUACAGCGGGCGCGUGGCGUUCCUGCGGCCCUCCUUCACCGACGGCACCAUCCGCCUGUCCCGCCUGGAGCUGGAGGACGAGGGCGCCUACAUCUGCGAGUUCGCCACCUUCCCAGCGGGCAACCGAGAGAGCCAGCUCAACCUCACCGUGAUGGCCAAACCCACCAACUGGAUAGAGGGCACACAGGCGGUGCUUCAAGCCAAGAAGGGGCACGAGGACAAGGUCCUGGUGGCCACCUGCACCUCGGCCAACGGGAAGCCCGCCAGCGUGGUGUCCUGGGACACGCGGCUGAAGGGCGAGGCGGAGUACCAGGAGAUCCGCAACCCCAACGGCACCGUGACGGUCAUCAGCCGCUACCGCCUGGUGCCCAGCCGGGACGCGCACCGGCAGUCCCUGGCCUGCGUGGUCAACUACCACCUGGACCGCUUCCGGGACAGCGUCACCCUCAACGUGCUGUACGAGCCCGAGGUGACCAUCGAGGGGUUUGACGGGAACUGGUACCUGCAGCGGAUGGACGUGGCGCUCACCUGCAAGGCAGACGCGAACCCGCCGGCCACGGAGUACCGCUGGACCACGCUGAACGGCUCUCUCCCCAAGGGUGUGGAGGCUCAGAACAGGACCCUCUUCUUCAGGGGACCGAUCGACUACAGCCUGACCGGGACCUACAUCUGCGAGGCCACCAACCCCAUCGGCACGCGCUCGGGCCAGGUGGAGGUCAAUAUCACAGAAUUCCCCUACACGCCGUCUCCUCCGCAACACGGGCAGCGCGCAGGGCCGGUGCCCACGGCCAUCAUCGGAGGCGUGGCGGGCAGCGUCCUGCUGCUGCUGGUCGUGGUGGGCGGGACGGUGGUGGCCCUGCGGCGGCGGCGGCACACCUUCAAGGGCGACUACAGCACCAAGAAGCACGUGUACGGCAACGGCUACAGCAAGGCGGGCAUCGCUCAGCACCACCCGCCCAUGGCCCAGAACCUGCAGUACCCAGACGACUCGGACGACGAGAAGAAGGCCGGCCCCCUGGGGGGCAGCAGCUACGAGGAGGAAGAGGAGGAGGACGGCGGAGGAGGGGGCGACCGCAAGGUGGGGGGCGCGCACCCCAAGUACGACGAGGACGCCAAGCGGCCCUACUUCACGGUGGACGAGGCAGAAGCCUGUCAGGACAGCUACGGGGACCGGACUCUGGGUUACCAGUACGACCCUGAGCAGGUGGACAUGGCCAACAACAUGGUCUCCCAGAACGAUGGGUCUUUCAUUUCCAAGAAGGAGUGGUACGUGUAGUCCCUCUCCGAGCCUCUGUCUGCACCCCUCUCCCCAG